AUUAUAGUGAUUAUAUGAAAUUUGUGCUCAUCUGCACGGGAGUGUUAUUCUUGUCCUUGGCCCUUGGGCAUCGGCAUUGUUUGUAUUAUAACAAGCAAACAUCGUAUGAUUGACAACAUGCAUGUGCAUGGUGGCCGGAGUGAGAAAGGGUAUGGAAUCUGGGAAGAUGGAUAUUCAGAUGGAGGAUAUUCAAGAAGUAUCACCUCUUCAAGUAUCAUUUCCUUCAAGUUCGGAUGUGUUGGGAGAUGAAUUAGAAUUAAGCAACGCCUAUAAGGCUGUAAGAAGGCUUCUUACAGACCGUGAACUGUUGGACCGUAUUGCAGAUCCUACUUACUCUAUUGCGGAUCCCAAUUGGAGUUCAUCAAGUUCUAUAUUGGUUCCUAGAAGGAGUACUCGUCUUAAGGAAAAAAACUUUGACUCAGAAAAAGUAGGGUUGGUUUUUCAAUAUUUGUUGGGCUCCGGACCAGGCCCGAAGUAUUGCUAUACAUCUUUUCCUUGUACUUUUAUGUUUUUUUUCUUUUAUUUCGCUUCUUGCACUGUAAUUUUUUAUUUUAUGAAUAAAAAAAGUAACUUAACAAAAAAAAAAAGAAGGUAACAACUGAAAAUUCUAAAAGUGCUAAAAUAUGUUUUUGUAACUCUUAUUCAUACUAUCUGUGGUUCAAU